AUACCACAGGCUCUGCCAGGAGAAAGGAACAUUCUGAGAAUAAGAGAGUCUACACACUGUGGAGGUCAAGAUGGUCCUGAGUGGGGCGCUGUGCUUCCGGAUGAAGGAUGCGGCCUUGAAGGUGCUUUAUCUGCAUGACAACCAGCUUCUAGCUGGAGGGCUGCAUGCAGGGAAGGUCAUCAAAGGCGAGGAGAUCAGUGUUGUUCCCAACCGGUCUCUGGAUGCCAAGCUGUCUCCAGUCAUCCUGGGAGUCCAGGGAGGGAGCCAGUGCCUGUCGUGUGGGACAGGGCAGGAACCAACUCUGAAACUAGAGCCAGUAAACAUCAUGGAACUCUACCUUGGUGCCAACGAAUCAAAGAGCUUCACCUUCUACCGGCGGGACACAGGGCUCACCUCCAGGUUCGAGUCAGCUGCCUACCCGGGCUGGUUCCUCUGCACGUUGCCUGAAGCAGACCAGCCUCUCACACUCACCCAGCUUUCAGAGGAUGCCAGCUGGGGAAACCCCAUCACAGACUUCUACUUCCAACAGUGUGAUUAGGGCAAUGUACCCCCCAGAACCUACCUGGUCAGAACUGGCUUAGGCAGGGGCGGAGGUGGAAGAAGACACUGGUGGCAACCAUCCCCCCAUCUGCUCUCAGGGCCCCACCUCUGGCUGGGCACUAAGCCACUCUCCCUUUUGAUUCCCAGUUUGGAUAAAUCCUUUGAGAUUUGGGGGCUUAGUUCACAGUUUCUUUCCCUGCUGAGUGAUGCUACUCAUGUAGAACCUUGCAAAAACCACUCAAGAUAAACUGGAAGCCACAUAAAAAGGUUCCCAAGGAGUUAGGGUAGGGGGAGUAGUGGAAAUCCUUCAUGCUUCACGAUAACUUACCCAGUACCCCUGAGCCCCACCAGCCAGCCCAUCCUGAGUUAAACCUAUUAGGGCCACCAAAUGCCCACAUGAGGUCCUGUCAUCUACCACUAUGCAGGAGGGGGAGGUCAUAGAGUUUGGGACCCAAGGCCCAGCCCCCUUCCUCUUGCCUAUAACUUAGCUGCCAUCAUAUUCUACCUUUUCCAUCUCAACACUCAUGCUCUAGCCAUGGCAGAAGUUGGUGGUGGUGUCCAAGGAACUUACUCCAGCUCAGAAGGUCAAAAAACAACCAGACAUGUCAUACAUUUGAAACCUGAGGUACCACUGAAAUCCAAGAUGCUGGUAUCUCUUCACAUGGAAAGAUGUUUGUGAUAUACUGAGAAGAGCAAAAUUACAAAGUAGCAUAUCUUGUAAUCUCAUUUUUAUUAAAAAAUGCCUAUCUAUAUAUUUCUGCACAGAAAAAAGUCUGGAAGAAUUUACUUCAACUUUUGGAAUGUCAAUUUAGCAAUUACAAGUGAUUUUUCUUUUGUUCUUUUAUUUAUUUCCAAUAUUCAAAUCAUUCUACAGUGAAGAUGGACUUCUUGUGUACUAAGUUAAUCUUGAGAAAAAGAGAGCAAACACUAUUUCUGAUCAUCUUCAGCAUCCACUUCCCUGAGUGAAGUUCAAAUUGAAUGGAGCUCUGCUGCUCUGCUCAGCAGUGAUGAGAAGCAGCUCACAGGCCUCAGCAAAGCCAUGAAGAAAGAAAAUAUGAUGAGUUAGCAUGGCUAGAAUCUCCUGGAGAGAGUGUUUAUAGAAUGAGCAAUCCUGGACCUAGAGUUGUCACAGCUCCCUGAGAUUUCAAGGUGUGGGUUUUAGCCUCCAAAGAGUCCCAUGCUGGUUGGAAUCCAUGUCCCUCUGGAAACUUGAGACCGUGGCCUUAUUUGCAGAGACCAUGGCCCUCUUUGCAGAUGAAAUUAGGUAAGAGGCCAUGCUGUACUUGGGUGGGUUUUAAAUCCAACAGGACUACACCUGCAAGAAGAGGAGAGGACAAACAGAGAAACACAGGAGACCCAGACCUGGAGGCAGAGAUUGCAUUUAUGUGCAACAAGGCGAGAAAUGCUAUUACUGAGGCAACUUCUCGCUAGGAAGGGGCAAGGAAGAAUUCUUCCCCAAAGGCUUCAGAGGGAGGACGGCCUUCUAGUCUCCUGAACUGUGAGAGAACAAGUUUGCAUCAUUUUAAACCACCAACUUGGUGGCAAUUGGUUAUGGCAGUCCUAGGACAUCAACACAGCUGCUGCUGACCCCAUCUCUCAUCAUGUGUGUGUUCCCUCCCACACUGCACCUGAGUUGUCUCUGUGACCAACAGAACGUAGCAGAAGCAGAAGUCAUAUUACAUCACUUUGAGAUUAGACUAUGAAAGAGUCUGCAUCUUCUAUCUUGUUUUCUCUCUCUGCUUCUUUGUUUACUUGCUCUGGGGGAAGCCAGCUCCCAUCUCAUAAGCAGUCCUAUAGAGAGACCCAUGUGUUGAAAAAGGAAGCCUCCUGCCAGCUGCCACAUGAGCAUGUUUGGAAGCAGUUCCCCAGCCCCAGUCGGGCCUUCAGAUGAUGCACCUCUGACUGACAGCUCAAUUCCCACCUCAGGAGAGACUCUGAAGCAGAAACACCUAGCUAAACUGGUCUAGAUUCCCAACCCUCAGAAACUGAGGAAAUAAAUGUUUUUUGCCUUCA